UCUUCUUCGUCGUCGUCGUCGUAGUGGUCUCGUCGUCACCGUCAGUGGUCGUCGGUUCGUUGUCCCGUAACGCCGCCGCUUGCUGCCGGCUGAUCACUGUGGUCCCAACACGCGCGCCGUACGCACACACGAUCGUAACAAUAAUAAUAAUAAUAUUAUAUUACUAUUUUCGUCGUCGCGGUGUUAUUCUAUAAUAUUUAAUAUUAUAUUAUAUUAUUAUAAUAUAUUGUUAUUUUUCGCGACCAGAUAAUUGCUGUUACUAUUAUUAUUAUUGUUGUUGUGGUCGUCGUUUCGAUAACAAAAUAUCGCAACAAACUGUACAAUAUUAUUGUCGCUGCCACCCAAGCGGCCGCCGUCCAUUGGCGGAACUCAUUCGCUGUACGGUUUGGGAUGCGGCAUAAUUGACCGUCGCAGACCAUCAUAUAUUGUACACUAGAGACAUCAAUUAUAUUGCAUACGUUGCAAUCGCCGGAAAAUCGGAAACGGCUGAGAAAAAUCGUUUUGUGGAAGAAUACCGGAAGUGCGUUUAUACAAAAGCUGUUUCGGCCGAUGCAACUAGACAUGGCUCUGGGGAGUGCUGCUCCCACGAGCUUCCAACACCGCUGCGGUGUGACCGCGGCUCUCAUAUUGGUCGUCUGCGUAGCACUAACAAAGUCUGCUCCGACGACUUACGAUGAAAUUGAAGCAAAACGGACAGACUUGGCGGACUAUUUUAAUGACCCAAAUGGCUGUUACUAUAAUUAUCAACACUACGAAGAAGGUGACCGCAUAGUAACCAACGAACCGUGUUUAAACUGUACUUGCCACAAUCGAAUGCUGAUGUGCUACCUGAGAGUAUGUCCGUUUUCAAAAGCAAUUGGACAAGACUGCACGGUACAGAAAUCGCCAGAUCAAUGUUGUCCUACCAUAUCUUGCCCGGAAGUUGGUUCGGAUGUUACAGUGCCAGUACACCUGUUGACCAGUUCAACCACGCCGACACCAACUACAACAACUGAAAUUGGAUGGCACGACAAUUACGGGUGCAUGAUGGAUGAAAACGAAUUCUUUCCUGAUGGGGCACAGGUUCCUCCCAAUCCGAAAAAACCUUGUGAACUCUGUUACUGUAUCAGAAACCGAACAGCUUGCAUCAUGCAAGAGUGUACGUUGCAUGUGGAAGGCUGUCGACCGGUAUACCAUGAAGGCGUUUGCUGUCCUGUUCGAUACGAUUGUGAUUAUGAAAGUGAAAAAUCUACUACGUCGGCACCACAAAUCACUGGUGGACUAGUCUUCUCCACUACUUCUGCGCCAUUCGAUUGCCGAGUUAACGAGGAAACUUACCGAGAUGGAGAGUCUAUUGCUAUGGUCUCAGAAAAACCUUGCGAACAUUGCUAUUGUAUGAGAGGUGAUAUUGUGUGUGCAGUUCAAGACUGCGGUGAACCACUCAGAGGAAAAGACUGCACACCGGAAACACCACCAGCUGGCCAAUGUUGCCCAACUUCGUAUCAAUGUGCAAAUGAAACGAACAGUUCGUAUGACACAUCGACGCUACAACCAAUGUCACUAAGUGAUUCAGACGAAAACGAAGCAGAAAAAUUCCCAUUGAAUGAAGAUGUAUACAAUAAACUGGGAGAGAGCCAACCAUCAAGCGAACAAGACGACGGGAAUGAUGUAGAGUCUGAUGAUACUACAGCAGCUUCUCCAGACAAUCAUAAUGCAUCAGGAGAAACAAAUAUAUUACCAAAUAGUGAUAAUGCAAAUAAAUUAAACGAAGGAAACAAGCAGGAAACUGCGAGUGCUGCACCAAAUUUAAUAAAUCAGGAAAACUCUGUUGGUACAGAAUCUGGACAAGCUAAUUUUGAUAGUACCGAGAAACCCGAUGAGCCAACAUCAACUAACGAAGCACAACCGACUAAGUUACCAUCAUCUGAUCCUUCAUCAAAUGAAAACGAUAUUCUUUCUACUACUCAAUCGGUUUCCAAUAAAAACGAUGACGUUAAGGUUGACCUAGAAAAUAAUAGUAAUGAAAUUCCAGAUAACAACUCAAUUCAAGACGGUAUUGCGUCCAAUUUACCAGUUGCAUCGACAGAAAAUUCUGUAGAAAGUGGAACACAGAGUUAUAAUGUACAAGAUAAGCCUCAAGAAGAUAUUACUACAGAAAAUAUCGCUGUCUUUGAAAAGGGGCCAAUUGAAUCAAAUGAUAAUGACCAAACACCAGAAAAACACUCGGACACUAAACCACAAACUGAAACGGCAUCCAAUGGAAAUGAAAAUCCUACUAAAAUAGAAAACCAAGACAGUGCUCAUUCAGACAUUUUAUCCCCAACUGAAAUCCCUAAAGUAGUAAACGAACCAACUGAACAAAAUAAACCAAUGGUGGAGAGUACUUCAGGAGCUGAAAAACAACUAGAAACUGAUAAAAUAGCGGCAGAACAAAUAAACCAAGACAGUCCUCAGUCAGAAAAUGUAUCUCCAACUGAUGUCCCCAAAGUAGAAAACGAAUCAACUGAACAAAAUAAACCAGUUGUGCCCGGUUCUUCAGGAGCUUCAAACCAACCAGAAUCUGAUAACACAGCUGUAGAACAGAAUAACCCGGAUAGCCCUCAGUCAGAAAAUUCAUAUACAACUGAAAUUCCAAAACUAGAAAACGAACCCAUUGAUCAAAAUAAACCAGUGGUGGACAGUACAUUGGGAGCUGAAAAUCAACCAGGAUCAGAUAAGACACCUGUCGACGAAAAUAAACAGGAUAGUUCUCAGUCAGAAAAUGUAUCGCCAACAGAAUUUCCCAACGUAGUAAACAACCCCACUGAACAAAAUAAACCAGUAGUGGACAGUACUUCGGGAGCUGAAAACCAAUCAGAAACUGAUAGAAUACCGGUAGAACAAAUAAAUCAAGACAGUGCUCAGUCAGUGAACGUGUCUCCAACUGAUGUCCCCAAAGUAGAAAAUGAACCGACUGAACAAAAUAAUCUAGUAGUGGACAAUGCUUCAGGAGGUGAACACCAACCAGAAUCAGAUAAAACACCUGUAGACCAAAAUAAACAGGAUAGUCCUCAGUCAGAGAAUGUAUCUCCAACUGAAAUUCCAAAGGUAGUAAACGAACCUACUGAACAAAAUAAACCAGUAGUGGGCAGUACUUCAGGAGUUGAAAACCAAUCAGAAUCUGAUAAGACACCAUCAGAACAAAUAAAUCAAGACAGUCCUCAAUCAGAAAAUGUAUCUCCAACUGAUGUCCCUAAAGUAUCAGACGAACCUACUGAACAAAAUAAACCAGAAGUGGGCAGUACUUCAGGAGCUGAAAACCAAUCAGAAUCUGAUAAGACACCAUCAGAACAAAUAAAUCAAGACAGUCCUCAAUCAGAAAAUGUAUCUCCAACUGAUGUUCCUAAAGUAGCGGACGAACCUACUGAACAAAAUAAACCAGAAGUGGGCAGUAUUUCGGGAGCUGAAAACCAAUCAGAAUCUGAUAAGACACCGGUAGAACAAAUAAACCAAGAUACUCCUCAGUCAGAGAAUGUAUCUCCAACUGAAAUUCCCAAGGUAGUUAAUGAACCCACUGAUCAAAAUAAACCAGUAGUGGGCAGUACUUCGGGAGCUGAAAAUCAAUCAGAAUCUGAUAAGACACCAGCAGAACAAAUAAAUCAAGACAGUCCUCAAUCAGAAAAUGUAUCUCCAACUGAUGUCCCUAAAGUAGCGGACGAAACUAAUGAACAAAAUAAACCAGUAGUGGACAGUACUUCUGGAGCUGAAAACCAAUCAGAAUCUGAUAAGACACCAGCAGAACAAAUAAAUCAAGACAUUCCUCAAUCAGAAAAUGUAUCUCCAACUGAAGUCCCUAAAGUAGCGGACGAAACUAAUGAUCAAAAUAAACCAGUAGUGGACAGUACUUCGGGAGCUGAAAACCAAUCAGAAUCUGAUAAGACACCAGCAGAGCAAAUAAAUCAAGACAGUCCUCAGUCAGAGAAUGUAUCUCCAACUGAUGUCCCUAAAGUAGCGGACGAACCUACUGAACAAAAUAAACCAGUAGUGGGCAGUACUUCAGGAGCUGAAAACCAAUCAGAAUCUGAUAAGACACCAGCAGAACAAAUAAAUCAAGACAGUCCUCAAUCAGAAAAUGUAUCUCCAACUGAUGUCCCUAAAGUAGCGGACGAAUCUACUGAACAAAAUAAACCAGUAGUGGGCAGUACUUCGGGAGUUGAAAACCAAUCAGAAUCUGAUAAGACACCAGUAGAACAAAUAAACCAAGAUACUCCUCAGUCAGAGAAUGUAUCUUCAACUGAAAUUCCCAAGGUAGUUAAUGAACCCACUGAACAAAAUAAACCAGUAGUGGACGGUACUUCAGAAGCUGAAAAACAACCAGAAACUGAUAGAAUACCGGUAGAACAAAUAAACCAAGACAAUCUUCAGGCAGAAAAUGUACCUACAACUGAUGUCCCUAAAGUAGAAAACGAACCAACUGAACAAAAUAAACCAGUUGUAGAUAUAACUUCGGGUGCUGAAAACCAACCAGAAUCUAAUAAGACACCAAUAGAUCAAAAUAACCAGGAUAGUUCUCAGGCAGAAAAUGUAUCGCCAACAGAAUUUCCCAACGUAGUAAACGAUCCCACUGAACAAAAUAAACCGGUGGUGGACAGUACAUUGGAAGCUGAAAAUCAACCAGAAUUUGAUAACACAGCUGUAGACCAAAAUAACCCGGUUAGCUCUCAGGCAGGGAAUUUAUCUCCAACUGAAAUUCCAAAGGUAGUAAACGAUCCUACUGAACAAAAUAAACCAGCCGUGGACAGUAGUACUGGUGCUGAAAACCAACAAGAAUCUGAUAAGACACCAGCAGAACAAAUAAAUCAAGACAGUCCUCAGUCAGAGAACGUAUCUCCUACUGGUGUCCCGAACAUUGAAAACGAAUCUACUGGACAAAACAAACCAGCAGUGGACAGUACUUUGGGAGCUGAAGAUCAAUCAGAAUCUGAUAAGACGCCUGUAGGCCAAAAUAACCAGGAUAGCCUUCAAACAGAUUAUAUAUCUCCAACUGAUGUCCCUAAAGUAGAAAACGAACCAACUGAACAAAAUAAACCAACCGUGGACAGUAGUAUGGGUGCUGAAAACCACCAAGAAUCUGAUAAAACAUCAGCAGAACAAAUAAAUCAAGACAGUGCUCAGUCAGUGAACGUGUCUCCAACUGAUGUCCCCAAAGUAGAAAAUGAACCAACUGAACAAAAUAAUCUAGUAGUGGACAAUGCUUCAGGAGCUGAACACCAACCAGAAUCUGAUAAAACACCUGUAGAUCAAAAUAAACAGGAAAGUCCUCAGUCAGAGAAUUUUAUUCCAACUGAUAUCCCUAAAAUAGAAAAUGAACCAACUGAACAAAAUAAACCAUUAGUGGACAGUACUUUAGGAGCUGCAAAUCAACCAAACUCUGAUGAGACACCUGUAGACAAAAACAACCAGGAUAGUUCUCAGUCCGAGAAUGUAUCUCCAACUGAAAUUACAAUGGUUGCAAACGAUCCUACUGAACAAAUCAGACCAGCAGUAGACAGUAGUUCGGAUACACAAAAUCUACCAGAAUCUGAUAAGACACCAGUAGAACAAAUAAAUCAAGAUAGUCCUGAGACAGAGAAUUUAUCUUCAACUGAAAUUCCCAAGGUAGUAAACGAACCUACUGAACAAAACAAACCAUUAGUGGACAGUACUUCAGGAGAACAAAAUCAACCGGAAUCUGAUAAGACAACGGUAGAACAAAUAAAUCUGGAUAGUCCUCAGACAGAGAACGUAUCCUCAACGGAUGUCCCUAAAGUAGAAAAUGAACCCAUUGAGCAAAAUAAACCAGUAGUGGACAGUACAUUGGGAGGACAAAAUCAACCAGAAUCAGAUAAAACACCUGUAGAACAAAAUAAUCAAGGUAGUCCACAAUCCGAAAAUACAUAUUCAACUGAAAUUCCAUCCAAACCUUAUGAUAUUCAAUCCGAAAAUAUAGUACCUGAAAAUAGUCCUAUACAACCAGUUUCACCAGUGGCUUCAGAAAAUAAUGCUGCAACAGAACAACCAAACGAAGAUAAUAAUAUAUUUAUUAUGUCACCGACAUCACCACCAUUGUUCUCAGAUAAUCAAAUUAAAGGUGAAGAGUCUACUUCAAUAUCCAAUAUAAACAAUACCAGUGAUAAAUAUUCUUCGACAGAAAAGGAUGAAGACAAGACUGUUGAAGUCCUAAAACCAUCAGCUGAUGACAAACCAUCGUUUUCUGAUACCACCGACAAAGUCAACAUAUUACCAACAAGUCACACUGAAACUGUAACAGAAGGCCAAAACGUGGUACCACAAGCAAAUGAUGAAUAUAAUGAAAAUUCAAUAAACAUUAAGCCUGUGGAUAACAAAGUUAACAGUGAUGUAGUAACAGAAAGUCCGGUUAAUUCUAAUGAAAAUGUACCCGUCAUUGCUGAACAUAACGAUAAUAAAUUCGGAUCGAACAACCCAGUGAAUUUGGAACCAGCCGUUACGCCAAUGACUGGAAUAAACUAUGAUGUAAACACGGAAGUAAUAAAUCACGGUGUAUCGGUAGAUGAUCCUUCGUCCCAUGAAAAUCAACCAGUUGACGAACAUUCAGGAGAAGAGGACGAAAGCCCUCCUAAUGCUGAUUCGGUAGACCACCAAAUCACACUUCUUCAAACUGAAACUCCAACUGAAUCGGAAGCGUCGACAAAUAAAUAUCCAUCGUCAUCUGAUGAACACGCAAAUGAUGUUACCACAUAUUCACCACAACUGCAAAUAGCUGAUAAUAAUAUUCCUGUGCAGCCUCAAGUUAUUAAUCCUAGUGAUCCAAUAACGACACAAGACGAAACAAAAACACCAAACGACUUGCCGUCAAAUGGUUCACCCAAUCAAUCUGCCGAUAGUUAUGUACCAACUGAAAUAAAUGGAGUACAAAAUUCUGAAGCACCAACUGAAUUUCCUGUAUUGUUUGAUAGUAAUGAUGAACAAUCUAUUUCCACGCAAGCCCCAGCACAAAAUAAUGAAUAUGAAAAUGCCACUCCUCACGAACAAUCACAAGACGAGAAUGUUAAUGAGAUUGUAGAUCAAACAGCAGUGUACCCAGAUGCUCCCUCAGAUGAUACAAAUAAUUUGGUUACGAGCACUGCACCAAAUCUUAAUAAUGUUGACAAUGUUACACCUUCCUCGGAUAAAAUAGAAACUGGUUUAAAUUCACAAAUAUCCGAUGAAAAACCAAUUAAAGAUACAAAUGGAGACGUUUUAGUCGAAAGCGCAACUAUUCAAGCGAUAUCAGGAAGUGUAGAUAAUGCAGACAAUUUAAUGACGACAAAUAGCUAUGCCGAUGUAGUGCCAUCUACAGAUAUACCUACAAGUCAAAUGGUUGAAAACGGCUCACCAGUAAAUCCAUCGAUUGCUGUUGAAACGAAUGUAAACAAUGAUCGACCUGAAAAUGUUGUACCUCAACUAAGCUCUAAUGAAGAAUCAACUCAGUAUAACGCGGGUGAUGAGUCAACGAAUAGCCCUAUUCAAGAAUCUCCGAAUAUGAAUAUUAUCAAUAAUGUGGAGGUGAGUACCAAUGUACCAUACAAGCUAGAAGGUCCUAAUGAAAUAAAUCAAGAUUCAAAUACUGAAUCUGAAUUAUACGCAACUCAGUCACCUACAGAAAAUAAUAUAUUAAAUGCCAAUCCGAUUGUUGAUGAAAAACCGUCCGAAAGUCCACAGAAUGCUGAUAAGCCAUUUGUAUCAAAAACGCCCGAUUACGUUAUAGAUAUAACAACAACAGGUUAUAGUGAAUCAUCGAAUACUCCGGAAUCCAUCAUAACAAACGAACCAGUUGAUUCUGUAAAUGAAGUAACCACAUCUAAUGUUGACAAAAAUAGUGAUGUAGUAACAGAACAAUACGAAAACGUACAACCAGGAGUACCAGGAGAGGGGAGCUGUUUGAUAGAUUUCGUGACUUAUGCACACAAAGCUGAAGUUCCGAAAUCUAACCCGUGUCAUGAAAAAUGCGAGUGCUUAAAUAGUAUAGUCACGUGCACUUCUGUAAACUGCCCACCUGCACCACCUCAACAUAGAAAUUGUAUACCUUUACACCCAGGAAACGAAUCGUGGUGUUGCCCAACAUAUAUGUGUGAAGGAGGCAUAGAAGGAAUGUUGUUUGACAGUCAUAAUCAACUUGGCUCUCCUCAAUUAAUAUCCACUGUGGUAUUAGAAGAUAAGCCUGGUGAAGUAAAUGAUGAAAAAACGCAUACUGACGAGGAUAUUUCAAGCACGUCUAAUCCUCAAACUUCACAAGAAUACAACACUUUAGCACCAUCACAAUUGGAUUCAAACUCUAAUAUAAAUUCUGAAGAUAGUGUUGGUGUGACCGAUGUUCCAGCACAUACUGAAAUCCCAUAUAAACCUAUUGAAGAUGUUGUAUCUACAGAUGGUGAAAGUGAUGCAGCAGUAACUGCUGUCAACCUUGGGACAAUAGACAACACAAAACCUGUAAGUAGUGAUCCAUCAUUGGAAAACGAAAAACCAGCCUAUAGUGAUAAGACGGAAGAAUAUGAAAAACCGGAAGAAAACAAUAAGCCAACUGAAAGUGAUCAACUAACAGAAAAUAAUAAACCAACUGAAAUUAAUCAGGCAAUUGAAAACCAAAAACCAAUUGAAAAUUCUGAAGCUGAUUCUACAACGACUUCUUACGUAACCGAUGACCAAUCAAUAACGAACAAACCAGAAACAAUAAAUAAUAUCGAAGAACAGAAUUUAUUAGUCAACACGGUCAACGAAUCUCAAGACCAAGUACCAUCAACCCAAGUGCCAGAAAACUAUGAGCCUGCAGUAACAAAUGUAAUUCCUGCUAGCGAUCAAAAUCAACCAGAACAAAACUCCGAAUCCGAUGUAUCGAUUGCUGCCACUACAUACAAGCCUAGCGGUUCUGUUUUAGAUCAGCAACAAGUAGAUACUGAUAACAAAGCAAGCGAAGGGUUCAAUAAUCCAUCCAUCAAUGACGAUUCCAACCAGAAACCCGCCAAUGAAGUAAUGGAUUUGCCCGUGAAUGAAGUUGAUCCCUUAGAAGUAGGAACUCAAAUGCCCACGGUUGUAGCAGACGAAAAACCUAUGGUUUCCGAUAAUAACGUCGGUGGUUUGAGACCAACAAGUAUCGACGACAUCAUUUCGUCGGUUUACUUGGUCAAAGACGCGGUUAAAAACUCUUUAGAAACUUCAUCAAAACCUACUGAAACCUUGGAACAACAGCCUGGACUCUUCGAAGAAGACAAUCAACCAACAAUCGUGCCGGAAAAUUCUCCACAGUAUGAAUACACAAACGAACCCCCGACCACUGUGAGCAGUGUAAAUGGUGCGCCAGAAUCACAACAAACAGAUACAAUAAACGAAAUUUCACCAGAAAUUCCAACAGCUACGAUGGACUCAAACAUUUCGCCAUCGACCGAAAACGUCGCAGACGCAGUGGUGGGAGCAACCCAAAUUCCAAACAUUUUGCCACAGUCUGAAGUAAAUUCCGCCGACCAAGGAGUAUCGACUGAUUUACCAUCUAACCAUCCUGGAGUUGAAACGGCAGUCGACGAUAAUAAAACUCCGUUAGAAUCUCCGACAACGCAACGAUUGCCGAGUUCUGGUGAGCAGGACUUGACGAACAAUAACGGACUGGAAACUCCUAGCGAUCAAAUUCUGCCACAUGGUCAAAACGCCGUCGAACCAAAUACCAAUUCAUCACUACCGGAAUUAGCUGUGGUAGUCGACGACAACAAGACGCCCGAGGUCAGUUCACCGUCAUCCGAACAACAUGGGGUGCAUGUGGAAGAUACAGCUGUAGUAGACAAGCCAGUUGCGGAAGAGAAACCAGAUGACGUGAAUAGUCAGAUUACGCCAGACUCGGAUGUGCCAGCGGGAGUCCCGUCACAAGUAGCGGUGACCGGUCGGCCAGAAGCCAGUACUCCAGACAACAAUGAUAAUAGGUUCAGCGAUCCGAGUAGCUCAUCGUUCCGUCCUCCUGUCCAAGGAGGAAAUGUCAACAACCACUACAAUGGACAUCCUCGACCGGAAACCGGUGGUGCUGUGCACAUACCUCUUGAUACGGAGACACCUACGUUCAACCCUUCCACAAACGCUCCUCUCGCGAAUUACCCCAAGAAGCCUUCAUACACGCCAAUCCCGCAAUCGACAUGGACUCAAAAACCAUUCCAUCAAGAGUCUACAUCCGAAGCGACUUUGCAACCAGAUCAAGGUUUCCCGGACGAGUAUGAAGAUGAAAACGAAGCAUCUUACGGGUCGGGAACAUGCAGAUACGGUGGCAAGAUAUACGUGUCUGCCCAGCAAGUGCCCAGAGACGAUCCAUGCGAUUUCUGUUUCUGUUUCCGGGGCGAUAUAAUUUGCCUGCAACAGAGCUGCCCGCCACCCAUAUUCGGGUGUUACCAGGAGAACAUACAAGGUUUCUGUUGUCCACGUUACGAGUGUCCGGUGGCCCAAACCACGUCCGUCAACGUGACUACGUCUACCACUUCAACCACGACCGUAGUACCACCACAUUUCUUUGCCAACGCCUACCGAGGGGCGGCCAGGCGUACCGGAUGUCUUAUCCACGGACACGCUUACCGAGUGGGCGAAGACGUGGGAAUCGCUUCUGGUCCUUGUCUCGAGUGCAUAUGCGGUGCCGAUGGCAAGAUGAAAUGCGAUCCUAAGCCUUGCAGUCCAGAGCCUUUGCUCAGAAAAAUGAUGGCCGAAGCGAUCGACCAAAAGAGGAGGUGAAUAAUAAGGAAAUAAACGUUCAACGACAUAGUGCCAAAUACCACAGUUAACGAGCAACGAGAACCAAAAGUAGACGACCGUCAAUUUUUUUUAUUUUACCUUUUUUACUUUUUUUUCUCAUUAUUAACCACAUCGAGCGAAAUGUCCACUUUCGCGGCAUUACGUUGCUCAAUAUAUAAAUACCAUCAUUAUUACGACGAAAAAAAACAAAAGACAAACAUGGUAUGCCAUCGUGAAAACAUUGGAGACUGGUUCUAAUGAGUAUUUUAUAUUUAUUACAUUUAGUUAAUUUAAAAAAAAAUAGGUUAGUUAUUUAUUGUAGUAAGACACUUUUAGAAACAACGUUAAUUGUUUACAUCAAUUUUUUUUCCAAGCGAUUUUAUACAACUAAAUUAAAUUAAAUUUAACGAUACGAUUAGAAAUUUAGAAAACAUAACUACGUAUAUAUAUAUAUAUAGGUAAUAUAAAUAAUAAUAUAAUUGUAUGCGUAACGGUAAGCGAUACACGCCACAUUGCUACAAAAAAUUACAUUUUUAUAUAACUUUUAUAUUCUUUUUGUGUAUUGAAAAAUCUAACCGUCCAGACACAAUGAAUACCGAAUUUUUUUCUAAAAUCUAUUUUAUAUCGUAUAUAAUACGCAUCACAUCGCUGCCAUUCACUCGUAAUUUUUUAAGAACUAUGUACGAAAUUAUCCACCCAAUGAUAUUAUAUUUCGUUUUAACCAAGCCCGAUCCAGCGCUCAUGAUUUCCAAGAUGAAAUGCAACGAAAUUUUUUAUUAUUAUUACUAUUAUUAUUGUUAUUGUAACGUCUGAUUUUUAUCUGAGUAGUUUAACAGGCAGAAGUCAAUAUAUCUACUCAACUGUAUUGUGUGCAUGCAUCACAAAAAUAUUUUGAAAACUAUAAAUAAUUUUGAAAAACUUGAAGUUUAAGAAUGCUUUGCACAAACACGAAGCAAUUUUGUUUUCGAAAUGAUUUCUGCCUCUCGAACACACAGAUAAACAUGCUGCACGGAUAACAUGUAAAUAUUAUAAAUUGUUCAUAAGCUUAGAUAUACAUUAAUAUACUUAUAAGAUAAGUAUAUGAUUAACAAUUAAUAUUAUAACUAGGCCAAAAAAAUUGUCUACUUAAUAUAAUUAAUGAAUGUAUUUCAAAUAAUGUUUUGCCAAUAAACUAGGUACCUACCUAUAUAAUAUUAUGUGAGCAAAUAUAUUGUCAUGUUUAGAUGAUAUUAUUACAUACAUUUUUUUAAAAAUUAUUAUUUACUACUGUUUAAAUUUAAUAAUGUACUUUUAUACAUAGCAUAUUGUGUGUUUUAUUGUGAAUAAUUUUUUUUACUGACAUUUUUGUGAUACGAGAUUAUAAUAUUAAUAUUACCUAC